GAAGACGUCAGAGAAGUUCAGAUAGGAAACGGCCAUGAACGAAGUCAUGGAACCUGAAAACAAUAACACAGCCGCUUCGGACGCGCAUACUGUAGAUGAAAGUGUGAGUUUCUCAAAAGUUACCACUGUUGCUUCACAGUGGAUGCUGGACUUCAUGUUUGUGAGUUUGUGUCGCCAUUUCAAGGAGGGAAAACUCGAUGAAUUCAAUGAGGUGCUGUCGAUUGUCGAUGCCAUUUCUCAGAGUCCAUCUUUCAAUGGAAAGCUCCACGAAGAGAAAAAACUGAUAUGCGCCUUCAUCGCUAGAGUCAUUCAUGGAAAGCAGUUGGAGGUCUUGUUUGAAGAGGAUAACUCAGUGAUGCCUCUGAUGUCUGCUGCCAAUAUAUGGUCAAACCUAGAACACACUGUGGCAGAUGGAAGUCUGUUCGAAAAAACUGCCGAGCUUUUGAUUGCCCAGUCUGUGGCUGUCUGCUUGGAGAAAGGCCAAAGAACUUCUGCCUCCUCUGCCCUCAAGUGGUUUAAGAAUCACCAUCAAUUCCCACAGAAAUUGGGAGCUAAGCUGUCAAAAAUAGUGGCACAGGGAGACACUUACCACCCAUACCUCAUGAACUUCACCUUCAACCGCUUGCUCGAGACCGUCCAAUCCUAUUUGGAUGCCUACUUGGAGAAGAAUCCCUCAGACUACCUUCUUAAGGCAGCUACAGAGAUGGUCCAGUCAUCCCAGUACACUGAAGACCGGGAGGAUGUGAAAUCAGAGGACAGCCCUGUCCCAAAAACAACCAAUGAAUUGACAACAAACAGUCACAAACCAAAACGGAAACUGCUCUCCAGUAAAAUGACUGACUUAUUGAAACCUGAGUCGUCCAAGAAGCUUUGUGUUUCUGUCAAGCGGCUCCCCACUAACGAGGUAUCUCAGAAAACAUCUGAAAAGCCAGUGGAGGCUUCAGAAAUACCAAAAAGAAGAAAACCUCAUCAGAAAUGGACCUUGCAGCUGGACAAAUACCUCAAGGAUGGCGUUAAACGUCACGGCCAGGGGAGGUGGUCUCAAAUUUUAAAGGAUUAUGACUUUGAAGGACGCACUGGCACCAUGCUCAAAGAUCGCUGGAGAGUUCUGUUGAGGUCACAUGAAGUCAGCUAAGAGAGAGAAUACCCCUCCAACCAACUUGUAAAUAAAUGGACAGAUUUAUCUGGUGCACUUAUUUGAAUUGCUGAAGAUAUUCCUAUAUGUUGCUGGUAUGAUUUGCUUUGUUGCUGUUUUGUUUGCAACAGGAAUGCCACUAGAGGGCAGUCAGCACAGAACAAUCAAAUAAGCUAUUUGCAUUACCUUCUAAAUUAGAAUACAUUUGAUUCAAUACAAAAUUUGUAAUUGUGGCCCCUUGUACAGUGUAGCAGUUCACCUGUAAAUAUAUCAUGAGCAUAGCGAGUUCACUCAUUUAUCCUUCUGUAGCCGGUGGAACUAUUUGUUCUUUUAUGUUUUUAGUGUAUGGCCUCCACUUGUACAAAGUAAAUAUACCACCGGUGGACUUUUGAAGUUAAAUAUUGCUCCAAUAAAAAUGUUUUAAAAAAAUCAAUACAGCAGUGGUGUAUUACAAUAAAACAUAUACAAAAAUCA